AUGGACUUUAUGAAACCAGAGACAGUACUAGAUUUAAAUAAUAUUCGUCAGGCAUUAGUUAGAAUGGAAGAUACUAUUGUUUUUGAUUUGAUAGAAAGAUCACAAUUUUAUAGUUCACCUUCAGUUUAUGAAAAUAAUAAAUUUAAUAUACCAAAUUUUAAUGGAAAUUUUUUAGAAUGGGCUUUAUUACAAAUGGAAAUUGCUCAUUCACAGAUUAGAAGAUAUGAAGCACCAGAUGAAACACCUUUUUUCCCGCAAAAGAUUUUAAGUCCAAUAUUACCACCAAUUAAUUAUCCCAAAAUUUUGGCAGAUUAUAGUGAUGAAAUUAAUGUUAAUGAUGAAAUUAUGAAAUUUUAUGUUAAUGAAAUAGUACCUCAAAUUUCAUGUUCUUUAGGAGAUCAAUUGGAAAAUUUAGGUAGUGCUUCAACUUGUGAUAUUGAAUGUUUACAAGCAAUAAGUAGAAGAAUUCAUUUUGGGAAAUUUGUAGCUGAAGCAAAAUAUCAAAAUGAUAAAAAAUUAUAUAUAAAAUUAAUUUUAAAAAGAGAUAUAAAAGGGAUUGAAGAAUCAAUAACCAAUUCACAAGUUGAACAAAAGAUAUUAGAAAGAUUAAUUAAAAAAGCGGAAAAUUAUGGAAUUGAUCCAACAAUGAAAUUUGGUCAAAAUAUAAAAAGUAAAGUUGAACCAAAAAUAAUUGCUAAAUUAUAUGAAAAAUGGAUUAUACCAUUGACUAAAAAAGUAGAAGUUGAUUAUAUAUUAAGGAGAUUAGAAUGUGAAGAGGAUAUACAAUUAAUUGAACAAGCAAGUAAAGAAUGA